GGUGAAGUGCGGCGACACGCGUCGAGGCUUGGCCCUCAGUUGGCCCGCGAAUAUUGUCUCGGACGGACGUCGCGGCGCGUCUAACGUCACCGACAUGUUCACGAACACGCAUCUAUGUGAUUGUAAAUAAAAAAACGAACGUGAAGUGCUGUGCUUAAGACAGUGAUACAAAAAAAAUAAUUAUAGAACAAAGUUUUUUUUUUUUCGUUGUUUAACGUAUUUUUAUCUUAUCUCUAGUGCGUCAGACGAACAAAUUUGAAAGAAUUGACAUUUUGAUAAGAAUACAUUUAAUAGUAUUGAAUUAAGAUAGUUUUAAUUAAUAAUACUUUGAGUGUGAAAUUGUUUGUAUAUUUGUGAGUUAUUGAACGUAAUUGAUGUACAGUUUGUGGACAAAGAAAUGUUGCGGCGAGCUGAAAAAAUUUCUUCAACCAACUCACGCUUAGCUGUAACCAACGUUUUGUUGAAAUCAAGAAAAUAAUUUGUAACAGAAUCGGCUUCCAUAUCAACACAAAAAUAAAUUAGAUCGGAAAUUUUCUUCGCCAAUCAGCCAACACUAAUGAAGCAAUCCGCAGACGGGAUAUUGGAGUAGCAGCCGUUCCCGCCACCUUCCUCGAGCAAUAAAACAACACGCCCCUGCUGACUACGCCAAAGACUUUAUUCAAAUAAAAACAAACUCUAUAACAACGGCGCAGCGACCACAAUCCUUCAACAUCCCACAGUCAAAUGGCUCUCAUCCGAAUUGAAAACACAAUCCAAGCAAUAUGUCAAUUAAAGCCUAUUCUCAAUUGUAAUCAAGCGCGCCAUUCUAAGACCAAAAAGCUCCGCGACGCGGUCGUGUUUCAGACUUGAUUCGAUAACGCAAUUUAGGCAUCGUUGCUUAACAAAAAGGAAACAAAACCAAUGUAUGGUUACGUCAAGAUAACGAACAAAUUAAUCGUCACCCAAACCAGGGAUUCGUAUGGCGACUCAAACUCAUAAGUCCUAUUGUUCACUGCCUAGCUUUGUUGCUUUACCUUCGUGUCUUCUCGUACUGGCGUCCAUUCUUUUGCAACCGGCACUAGCCUCGGUUGAACUAGAUUCAAUUCUUAGCCCAGAUUUCAACGUAAGCAACCCAAAUUCCACAGUCAACUGGACGUUUCUAGACGACAAUUCCACAUUCUUGAAGCACGGUCACAUUAAGCAUUCAAAAUAUUCCAUACCUACCACUAUUUUCCUGGUCACCAUAUUUAUGAUAGUUAUAGUAGGCACCAUUAUAGGAAACGUACUCGUUUGCGUCGCGGUGCGUUUAGUUAGGAAAUUGAGAAGGCCUAGUAAUUAUCUGAUAGUGUCGCUGGCAGUGAGCGACUUGUGCGUGGCGUGUAUAGUGAUGCCAGUGGCCACUGUGUACGAUAUUAUGGGAACGUGGCCUUUCGGACCCGUCAUAUGCGACUUCUGGGUAUCGAGUGACGUCUUAUCCUGUACUGCUAGCAUUCUGAAUUUAUGUAUGAUCUCCGUGGAUCGAUACUACGCUAUAACGAAGCCUCUAGAGUAUGGUGUGAAAAGAACCCCUCGGAGGAUGCUUUUCUGUGUUUUCAUCGUAUGGAUAAGCGCAGCAUUCAUAUCCCUCCCUCCGGUCUUAAUCCUAGGUAAUGAGAAGACUGAUACCUCCUGUUCUGUGUCGCAGAAUCAGGCCUACCAAAUCUAUGCGACAUUUGGUUCGUUCUACAUACCGUUGACUGUAAUGAUCGUGGUCUACUAUAAGAUAUUUAGAGCUGCUAGGAAGAUUGUAAAAGACGAGAAACGUGCUCAAUCGCAUUUGGAGACGCACUGUUACUUGGAGAUAAACGUGAAGAAUGGCGGAGCAGCUGAAGCCAAGCUGCUGGGCAACCAGCAGGCGCAGCCUCCCCCCAGGGGCUCCACGGCGAGCACGAACACAACGUGUAGCGUAGAAAAAACUGAGAGCACAAUUGGGAGGUGCUUCAGCGGCCAAAGAAAAUCGAACGAGUCACAGUGCCCAAUGUUGCAACAACCAAAGACUCCAACCAAGCCUAUUCAUACCAUAAACCGGUCACCAUCACAACUGAUGCCCGGGAAAAUUGCCGUGAAGGAGAGACAACGACAAUCUUCAGAGAGUAGUCAAAAGAACACGACGAACAGGAUUCGGUCGUCCCUCUCAAAUUUUGCUCACAAAAGCCAUAUCGCCAAAGACUUGCUACAUCCGCAGAACGCGGUUCAUCAGAAGAAGCUGCGGUUCCAACUAGCCAAAGAGCGCAAAGCGUCCACUACCCUCGGUAUUAUCAUGUCAGCAUUCGUGAUCUGCUGGCUACCAUUCUUCGUGUUAGCCCUCCUUCGGCCGUUCGUGAAGGAAGACGCGAUCCCUGAUGCAGUGAGCGCGCUCUUCCUCUGGUUGGGCUACCUCAACAGUUUGCUCAACCCAAUCAUUUACGCGACACUGAACCGCGACUUCAGAAAGCCGUUCCAAGAGAUCCUAUUCUUCAGAUGUGGCAAUCUAAACCAUAUGAUGCGGGAGGAGUUCUACCACAGCCAGUACGGUGAUCCUGAUCAGCACUACUGUGUGAACAAUACUACCAAAAUGCAUAACUAUGAGGAGGGUGUUGAGAUAGUUUCUGCCGUCGAUAGAGAGGAGACGCGAGCUUCGGAAAGUUUUCUAUGAUUGACAAUGCCAGAGGUCGAUACUCGAGACCUAGAUACUGUGAUCUAAUUAAGACUUUUUUUAUAUAGAACCGCGGUCUAACAGUGUUGAUUUUCGUCGAUUUCGUUCGUUUAGAUAACUUGUGUAUUAUAAAAGGCUGUUUCUACCCAACUAGUCGUUACUUAUGUAAAUGUACGAGAGGUUUCGUUUGAUAAAUAAAAUAUGAAAUGGCCGUUUUGUAUCUGCAAGCAGAGAAUGUGCGGUACUCGUGUUAGAUAAAAUAGUAGCUAUUGUAAAUAAUCGUAAUUGUGUAAUUAUUUGGUAAACCGUGACAUUGCGUUGUGGCAUUAUUGUUAUCUGUCAAAUGAAUUAAUUGUAAUGUUUGCGUAUGAUCGUACGUAAAAAAUAAUGUUCUAAACAUUCUCUCCUUGCAAAUAUAAAUGGACCUCAAGUAAGUUGUACGAUUUUAUUAUAAAAUAGGAUAAAAAAUCACAUGGUAUGUUACGUCACUUCAUAAUUAUAAAUACCUAGAUUAAUAUGGGAUGUGAAUGUAUUAUAAUUAUUGAAUAAUUUUUGGAAUGACCAAAGAGUUAUAAAUAUUAACUUGAAAUCGCGAGGUUUUACAUAUAAGAUGUUGUGAAUUUGAUAAACUUUAAUAAUAGCAGUGUAUUAUAUUGUUAAAUAAUAAAAUGAUGUAUAUGACAUUAAGUUUAGUCAGAAGUAUUAAUCCAUGUGAUAGUAGAUAUAGAAUUCUAUUCUUGAUUUCAUUUAUUUAUUGAUAUUUAUUUAUUUCAUGUGUAUUUUCAUGUAAUGUAAUUAUAUUAUUAUAAUUGAAUGUAAAUAUAAAGAAGCGAAGCAUCUUUCAGAUAUGGUUGAAGUUAAUAAUAGGCACUGCCAGAUAAAUAAUAGUAAAACAGUAAUCGUAAAGUGUUAUAGCCAUAGUACCAUAGAGUAUAACAUUGCUUUGUUUCUUCCUGAGCAUAGUUACUGAGCUAGACUUUCUGUCAGCCUGUUGUAUGAUUAUUAACUUUACCUUCUUGGGAAUAAAGCUCACAAUGCCUUGAAAAUUUUAACCAUUUGUCUGGUUCCAACUUGCCUUCGUACGAUAUUCAUUUUCUCCUUCAUAAUUUAUUAAGAACAACUAUUCUACUAUUAUAUGUGUCCUACAUAGUGAUAUAUAUUUGUUAAAUACGUAACUAUAUUUUAAUUUUUAACCCUUCCGUUUCAAAUUAGAUUAACUUAGAACAAAAGUCAGUGUUGUAAAUAUUGUUAAUAAUACUAAUGACAUUAUUAUUAAUAAUACGGUUAAUAAGUAUAAAUAAUAAGCAUAAUAUAUUGCAGAAACCGUGUGGGGAAACUACGCUUGGAAAAAAUAAUUUGACAGUUCAAUUUGAUGUUUUUAUUAAUAUGGUACAUACUAAAAUUUCUUUGAUGUAGUUUCUUUCCAAUGUGAAUAUCGUGGUUGUUAUUUAAAAUAGAUAUAUCUAAAUGUAAUGAAUGAUCGACCACAAAUUUCUCAGUACUUUUAGGUCUAAAAUUCAUUUUGUAAAUCUUAUAGUUAGGGUUAAUGCCAUUUUCUGCCAUCACAAUAUAGUUUUUGAUGUUUCUGUUGUUUUAAAGGUUUACUUUGUUUGUUCAACGUUGAAGAAUAUUAAAGUUUUGGUAAAAGGGUAGUGUAUCUACGAAAAUUGUGGCUCCAUUUUGUGAUCGAAGUAAAAUUCAAGUUUAGUGCUUAAUAUUUUUCAACAUUGUAGAUACUAAAUGACAAGUCACUCAUGAUAUUUGUUGUGAAAUAAUUUCCACUUUUCCUUUAAUAUACUAAUUAAAAAUAUAAAAGAGAAACAAAACUACGUCACAAAUGUCGCACCGCUGAUUGAAAGGUCAAACCUUUUACGUAAAAAUAUCAAAUAACCAAAUUAUAUAAUAACUUAAUAAAAACUUUUUUGUGGUAAAAGCAAAAAAGCUUUAAUAAAUUCAGGCGUAUUCUGUGUCUCAAGGAUGAACUUUGUCCACAUUGAAAGUAAUUUUUAUUAAAAAAGAAUAAAGUGAUAUCCUGUGGCCUAUUGCAAAACUCUAGUCGGUCGACAGUUUUUUCGGGCUCGCAAAUCAGUAUGGAAAUGUAUAGUAUCACGUACAUAAUAACGAUCAGAUAGGUAUUUGUCCGGCAUCAGACCCAUCAGACUAAACACUUUGAUUGAAUUCACGACUUUCCUAAAAAAAAUUCAAAUCAUAUUGAACCAUCUGACUGUAGGUAGUCUGCCGUAUGCGGGUUACUAUUGAAUAGUAACUAAGAAAGAAAUGGGGAUUUGUAGAACAUAUAGAAUCCCCCUAUUCUCACUUUAAUCUGAUUGACUUUCAUUCCAGGAGCUAUUAGAAAAUUCUGAAUCUAUCUCUUCAAUAGCCUUACAACGAUGUUCUUUUUUUUUAUUUGGGAAACUGGGUCUGGUACUCAUAUAUGAAGUAUCCCUGCUGGCGGGGAUUUUCCAUUGUUUCCCAAUUGCAUUCGAUUUCAAUGCUCAUAUCGGGCAGAUUUUUAUCUUCUUUUCUCAGGACUGUACGUUGGUCUAAAUGGCUUUCGAUCAAGAUCGGUUGGCAUUAUUUAGUAUUUUUAAUGCGUUCUUUUUUACCAAUAAUAUUGUCACCUUUUUCUUUUCUAAUUUUUUUUUCGUAUCAAAGAUUUCUCCGAUUGAACUUCGUUAAUUAAAUAUUGUUUUCAAUUACAUUUGAUUUUACAACGUAAUAUCAUUAGUGACUUGACAUUCAUUUUUCAAAGUGAGUACAUUGUUAACCUCAGUUACCUAAUUAAUUGUAAAUAAUUAAACUUUUUAAUUUAAAUAGAGCUCUUUAAGUACAAAGCAGUUAUGUUUGUUGAUUGAAAAUUAUUUGUGUUUUUCUUAUGUUUAUAUAUCCUAUGUAUUUAUUCUGUGGAUAAAGUAAGGUUGGGGCUACAACAUCGAAUAGAAAAAGUGUACAUAUAAUAUGAAUUUUCGAUGUUGUAAUGCUACCUUUAUAGAAUAUACAUAUACGCACACUUGUGUGAAUGUUGGGAAAUUUUACAGAAGUUUAAAAAUAAAGUGUCGUUAUAGUAUUUGAUUUAAAAAUACUCUAUUAAAGUUCAACAAGGAAGAGGAAUGCCGCAAGGACCAUCUUAGGCCCUUAAUAAAAAUUGCCGAAGCUUAUACAAACCUUUUAGGCCUAAAAUAAAUACUUGGAAUACCAGUCCAACAUUUGACGUAGCUACUAUAAAAAUAUCUUCGAAGAGGCGUUUAUUUUCCGCAUAGAAACAGAAAAAUGGAUGAUAAAUCUUUUAUCAUUAAGGAUUUAUUUUUUUCAAUAGGUAAGUACGUAAAAUUUUCCACCAUUCACAUAGUGUACUUAGCAUCGUCAUCGUUACAUAAAUAAAUAUAAAUUGUAACAAUGUACAUUAUUAACGUAUGGAAACUUUCAUAGUAGCGAAACGAAUGGAAUUCUUAUCUUUUGGCAUUGUUGUAUUUUUCUUAUGUAGGGGUCCUAAAAGCGACGAAAUAAAAAUUAGAUUCGA